GCUAAAAUAUCAAUACAAUGGAGUGUGCUGUGUGCCACAUCAACAUGCACAGCACAGCAGUUUUGUUUUUCUCUUAAUUUUACGACUUUUCAGAUUCUCCCGUCCUGAAAUGGAAGACAGCGGGAUAGACAGUGAUCCAAAGCAGCCAACGACCAAAUUUCUGGCAGACAAUUCCUUUGUUAAGUUGACGGACAGUGACACUUCACCUGCCAGCAGUGGAGGACAGAUCACUCCGAGGAAGGCUACAGCUAGAGAAUUGAGGAGGAAACUAGAAAAGAGGAUAGAACAAGCGCGGAAGAGCCACAAGGCCCAGGAGUACAAAAAAGGGCCCAGUUUGAUUCCAAUACAGAGACUACCAAUUCCAAGCACAAAAAUUAUUUCCGCCAGAGAAAGUAAAGAGCAGCAACCCCUUGUUGAAUGGGGAUCUGACGACAGUGACGAAGACCUGCCUGUGAAUUUUUUUCCAUCCACAAAGGACAAAUCGGCCACGCGGCAAGAACUGACUGACACGUUCAGCAUUGAAGAGAUGGAAAUGUCUCCAGAAGAGGACGAGGAUUUGAACCUGGAGCCGCCGAAGCAGAUUAAGAGCAGCUGGUGCUGCGCCCCUAUUCCCGCCAUCGACUGGAAGUGCCACAUCCUGUAAAAAUGACCCCUAUUUGUGCAUUUCAUGGGCAGUUCAGAUCUCCACUUAUUAAUCCACGCACACAUAUGAACACAAAUUGAAACGAAAAAAUUAUAACAGCCAUAGAAAUUAAAAAGCCAAUCGACGAAUGCUUUACUCAGCUUCAAAAACUUCGUAGAGGAAGUUAUAUCUAAUAUCAAAGAGCUUGGACACAAAAAACUCUUCUAGUCAGAGACUAUGUCUAAAACUUUUGUAACAGUCUGUCCAAUUCUAUUUUUUGGAGUCAACUAACUUGAUUUGAUCUUGCAUUUCAAGGAGAACACAAUAUACGAACAUCAAGCAUCUGGGAAGUAGAGAAAUCUUAAUCUUGAUAUGUUCCACGCAAAUGAUUGAGAAAAUUGUGGUAUAAGAAAUGAGUGAUAAGUGUGUUUUAGGAUUAUUGUAGUAAUUCAAUAUUUAUUGUUUAUUGUUUGACGUUAUUUUCAAAAAAAAAAUUAUGUGUCUACUGAAACAUGUAGAUCUGUUGCUGCAUUUCGUAAUAAAAAUUUAAAAUAUAUCAUAUUAUUCAAACUA